AUAUAUAUAUAUAUAUAUAUAUAAACCAAACUUUUGUUUAUCAGAACUGAUACAAUGUUCAAUUGUAUCACAUUGAACAAUUGAACACUAAGCAUCAUCAACAUAAUAAUAAUAAUCAUAAUACCAAUCAUUGUUUAUAAUAAUGAUACUUAUAUCCAAUUGAAUUAAGCGUCUUUUCUAAAAGUAAUUGACGAUAUUAGAACAACAACAGCAACAGCAACAACAAGGAGAACAACAACACCACCACCAUCACCACCACCGCACAAAAUGAUCAUUCGAAUGAAUUCAUCGAAUUCCGGAUUAUUUUUAUCAUCAUCAUCAUUAUUGUUGUUAUUAUUAUUAUCAUCAUCAUUAUCAUCGCCAUUGUUAUUAUUGAUUCCAAUAAGUUUAUUAGACAUUGUUACCGGUUCACAUGUGGCUUAUUACAAUUUUAAGGUAUUACAGAUGAAUAUUUCAAAUCCAGAUAUUUUGAAUACAAUCAACAAUUUAUACAUAAAUGAGCCGGAGAAUUAUGAUAUUUGGAGUUUUCCAAGAGGUGGAAAUCAUUCAAUGUACAUAUCAGUAUCCCCAAAUGGAUUCAACAAUUUGACAAGAUUUUUGAACAAUGUUCAUAUUUCCUAUGAAACAGUAAUAAACAAUCUUCAAAAGGCAAUACUGGAUGAGAAGCGUGAAAACCACGCACGAAGACUAUCCGGUUUCAUGAGAACUGGACGACAAAGACCAUAUUAUAAGACAUAUGAUGAAAUUAUCCAAUAUUUAGAUACUUUGGAACAACUGAAUCCAUAUACAACCGUAGAGACUAUAGGUGUCACUUCUGAAGGCAGACAAAUUAAAGGUGUUAUGAUUUCUUUAGAUCCAUCGAAACCAAUAAUCUGGAUAGAUGCUGGAAUUCAUGCUAGAGAAUGGAUCGCUCCAGCCACAGCUCUUAGUAUAAUCAACAAGCUGAUGCGACCAUCGGGACAAACACUACUGAAGAGAUUCCAAUUCUACAUUGUUCCAGUAAUAAAUCCAGACGGUUAUGAAUAUACACGAACGAAGUAUCGAAUGUGGCGAAAAAAUCGAGCACAAACAGAAGGUGAAGUAUGCAUUGGAAUUGACUUGAACAGAAAUUUUCCUUUCAAAUGGGGUGUUGGAAAUGGCGCAUCACCACAUGCGUGCAGUGAAACCUACAGAGGAAGUGAAGCCGCCUCAGAGUUGGAAACUCAAAGUCUUAUUGGCAAAUUGAAUGCUCUGCAUAAAAAUGUUGUUUUAUACCUUAGUCUACAUUCAUUUGGUCAGUACAUUCUAACUCCAUUCGGUUUUUCACGGUACAGUUUUCCACCGCAUUAUGAAAAAUUGAUAACUAUGGGUCGUAAAGUGAGAAAAAUGAUACAAAAUCGUCAUGGUUAUGUUUAUCAAGUUGGCGCAUCAUCUGAACUAUUGUAUGAGGCAUCUGGUGCUACAGAUGAUUAUGCUGCCGGUGAAUUAAAAAUCCCCUAUGCCUACACUAUAGAAUUAUGUGAUGAAGGUCGAUAUGGAUUCCUUCUCCCUCCAUCGUAUAUUGGACAAGUUGGAAGACAAGUGUGGACAGCAUUGAAUGUUUUUGCAAAUGACAUUUAUCCUUCAUGAAAUACGCUGAUGACUAAAAGGCAUAGAUAUAUAUUUAUUAAUCUGAUAGAUGAUUCUUUAGUUAGAUUAGUCUGUUUUCUAUACACCAUUGCAUGCUGUCAUUUUCUUCUCAAUGACAAUUUUUAUGAGUAUAUAAAAUAUACUACUAAUAUUAUUAUUAUUAUCAUCAUCAUUGUUAUUAUUCCUUUCGGUUAAGAAGUGGAACAUAUGCCUUCAACGGCACAUCUCUAUUUCACGCCUGUAUCGCCUCAAAGGCACCUUAGGACCUACGCCCAACCCUUCGUUUCCAUCCAUCUCCAUUUGUCUUAGAAUGAUGUUUGAAUAACAGGUUGGUUUAUGCUCAUAGUGUCUAGUUUCUAAUCCUUUCUGACCAUUUAAUCUUUUGUAUGGAGUGAAGUUAGCCCUUAAUGAAAUUCUCUAGGAGUUUGCUGAAAAAAGUGGAUUUCCGUAACACACAUCAAGUUUCUGAUCCAUGUUGAAGAAUGUCUUUUGAAUUCACGUUGGAAAUUCAAAUUUCUCUGUUUAUGCUGAGUGCAAAAGAUUCCCACAGUGGUUUCAGAUCACUGAAUCUCUGUCUUGCCUUUCCGAUCCUUACUGGCUUUGAUAAUUUCGCCAGCGCCGGAUGUAAUGCCAUCUAGCCAGAUAAAUGAAGGAAGUGGCUUUUUUCAAAUUUCUCCCGUUGUCAGUGAUUGAUGCUUGUUUGCACUGAUUAUUGACUAUCUUCAUCAACCUCGUCUUCGCUAUAUGUUCACUUGAAGUUCUGUCCUUGCUUAUUAUUUUCUCAAAUUGUCGGUUUUCUCUUGUCUUCAAGUCUUCAAAACUUCUGGACAUUAGACAUAAAUUAUCUGUGAAGUCCGAGUGUUAUGGUUUUAUUAGUAGUUAGUUAGUUAUCAGUUGUCUUUCAGGGCAAGUGUUCUUUUUUAUUUGAAAUCCUUUU